GACGGCGCCCAGGAUGUAGCCGAGGGGCCACGACGAGGAUUCAGAGAAAACCAGGGGGAGAGUAAACAGCAAAAUGGGAAAAACCCACCCAAACGCCCCCCGCGGAAGCACAUUGUGGAUACCUAUACAGAGUUUUACCACACACCCACCCACAGCGAUGCCAGCAAGAAGCGGCUGAUCGAAGACACUGAAGACUGGCAUCCCCGGACCGGCACCACCCAGUCCCGCUCUUUCCGCAUCCUUGCCCAAAUCACCGGCACUGAUCAUAUGAAAGAACCAGAACCUGAAGCUGCAAAGAAGACUAAGGAAAAGGUUCCCAUCCACGUCUUUAGCCCCAAAUAUACAAAAUUACGUGACUGGCACCAUGAAGUCUCAGCACGUGUUCUUAAUGUCCAGUGA